AGUUGAAACUUGUUCUGCUAAACAGUUGCAUCGCCGGCGUCGCAAUGCCGCGAACGCCAAGUCAACCCAAAACGCGUCCGUCGCCAUCGACGAUGAGAUCCUUCACACCACAAGGUGAUCCUCCCGGGUCCGCGCGGCGUCCUUCUAUCAGCGGGGGUUCACAGUUCCGAGCGACCAUCAGUGGUGGCAUUCCGAGGCCGAACACUUCGCUCCGGGAAUCGAGGAUACCUAAUUUUCGGAAUAGCACGACAGCCCAACCGUCCUACAACAUCCUCACCGGCGAAUCUAACAACACCACGCCCCGCGGCACUGCCAUGGCGCGCCCGAGUUCUCGACAAGGCGGCCCCCCUUCGGGGCCGUCCCCUCCGCGAGGGCGCGCGGCCACCAUCGCGAGUAAUGUCAGCCGCGAAAGUAGCAAGGAGAACCGCCCACCCGCCGACGCCGAGGAAUACGAGACCCAGCGAAAACGCAUCGAGGAACUCAAGGCCGAGGUUGGCACAUUGCAAUACCAAAUCAGCAGUUACGAGCAAGAGAAGGAACUCUCGCGAUUGCAAACGGAAAACGAGAUGCGCGAUACCAAGCGACGGGCCGAGGACGACUUCAAGGCGAAACAGGCCGCCGAGGCGGAGAAGGGAAAGGCGCAGCGACAAGUUGAGGCGGUCCAAAACGAACUGGAAGAGUUGAGGGCGGAAAAGGAGCAGCAAAAACGCGAGCUCGAGGGGAAGGCAAGAGAUGCUCUCGAGGAGGCUAGGUUGCUUCAAGAGCAAUUGGAGGAACUUAGUGCAGCCAAAGACGAGGCUGCGCGCAUGGCUGAGCGAGAGGCGAUCGACCUGAGGGCGAAGCUGGCCUCGUCAGAACGCACCACACACGAGUUGGAAGAAGAGAGCAGGGCAAGGGAAGAGGUUCUGGAAAAAGCCCAAUCACAAUUGAUCGAGCGAGACGAGACAAUUGGGAGAUUAGAAGCCGACGUGCUUCGGCUGAAGGCGCAAACCGGCGAUGCCGAGACCAUCGCCGUCAUCCGAAGGGAGUUAUCCGACCAGGUCACACACAUCCGCAACCUGGAGGCGAAGAACAGGGAGCAGGUGACGGAGCUGAAGCAUCUCCGCCAGAUCCACAAGGCUGUGGAGGUGGUCGAAGAAGAGAAACGCUCUCUACAGCGGAAACUAGAAACAGCCGAGUCGCUUCGGAACGAACUCGACGAAGAACGGAGGCAGAGGCAGAGGCUAGAGGAUGAGAGGCGGUCCUGGGCAGGGUACCUGCUGAGCGAGGGGGGUGCAGAUGGUCAGAACGAGUUCGACUCCCCUGAAGCUGUAGCCAGGGCGUUGGUAUCAGAACGUUUGCACUCUGCCUCUCUCGUCGAGCAGCUGGGAGAGUUGCAACCCGAGAUUGCCGACCGCGACAACAUCAUCAAGUCCCUGGAGGGCGAGAAGGGCAGGCUUCUCGAUCAGAUCGAAAAGCUGAGGACAACGGGGGGUUCCGCUGGUGGUAGCGACAAAGCUCGUGCGCGCAUUGACCGACAACGCGCUCUCGCGGUCAAGGAAGUCGAAUAUCUCCGGGCACAACUUAAGACGUUCGACAUGGAGGACAUGACACUGCAACCAGAGAGUGUAGAUCACCAAAAGCUAAAGCGAAUCCAAGAGCUCGAGGACCUCGUCGACAAAUACAAAGCCGAGGUCACCACUCUCCACGCGGACAUCAGCUCCAUCGAGUCCGCCUCCGCCAGCCCAGUCCAGCCCGUUCUUGGGAGCAAACGCCCACGCGAGGCUGACGAAGCCGAGAACGAGCAGCUUGGGCAGCUCGCGCGCAAGAACCGGAAACUGCAAUCCGAGCUGUCCGACGUCCAAAGCGCCCACCGCCUCCUCCAAAAGGAGCACGAGGUCACCGCCUCCCAGCUCACCUCAGCCCAAGCCCAACUCCAGACCCGCAUCCUCUCCCUGCGCUCGAACCCAACCUCAGACCACGAAGCCGCGCAAGCGGCCACACUGGCAGCACUCAAGCUCGAGAACGCCGAGCUGGUAUCGCACAUCGAGCGGCAACCGACGCUGUUCGCGACGGUGCCGGCGUCGCAGCUGGCGGCGGCGCAGCGCGCGGUGGCCGAGGCGCGGGCCGAGACGGCGUCGGCGCACAAGUCGGCGCGGCGGCUCAAGGAGGUGUGGGCGGCCAAGUCGGCCGAGUUCAAGGAGGCCGUCUUCAGCACCCUGGGCUGGACCGUCACCUUCAUCCCCGGCGGCAAGAUGCGCGUCGAGAGCGUCUACCACCCGUCCCAGACCGACGAGCACGAGAAUAGUAUUGUCUUUGAUGGUGAGAAGGGGACCAUGAAGGUUGGUGGGGGCCCGCGCAGUGCGUUUGCGCAGCGCAUUGGUGAUAAUAUCAAGUUUUGGGUGCGCGAGCGUGGCUGUGUUCCGUGUUUCCUGGCGGCGUUGACGCUGGAGUUUUGGGAGGAGCAGACGAGGGCUGGGGGGAGGGUGGAGGGUUCAUAGAUCUGGGACAUCCGAGGUUAAUCUAAACUAAGAGAGGGGACGUACUGCUUG